AUGUAUUUUCAAAUUGAAAAUACACCAGAACGAAUAAAGAGAGCUAGAAAGAAGGAAAUUAAACAAGAUGAAUUAGUUAAAGAAGAAUGCCCUAGACUCAUUCUUGCGCCUUUUUCAAAGUCUCCUCAAGUGGUUUUUGACAAUGUCCUAAUCGGGACUACAUGUGAAAAAUAUUUAGAAGUUUUAAAUCCUACAAAGAACACUCAACAGAUAACACUUGGUAAAGCAUUACCACCGGGUCUUAUCAUUCAACUGCCUGGAGAUUUCUUGGAAGUAGAGCCAGAGACAUGCUAUUGUUUGUCUUUGUUGUGGACACCAACUCAACUGACUGCACUUAGGGAGACUAUUCGCUUUACAAAUGAAAACAGAGGCAGAUAUGAUGUCAUAGUUGUCCUUAAAUCUGUUAUGAGUACCAGAAACAAGAAUAAUCAACCUAAGUUUAAAAUAUCUCCAGGUAAAAUAAAGAAAAAAGUAGGUAAAAGGUCCCCAGUUGCAAUAUACAAGAAAAAGGUAGAAGCUAUCAUGAAAGUACAAAAAACUGUUGAAGUUGUCAAGUCUUCUCAUUACAAAGUCAUCAACCAAAUGACCAAAGAGAAUAUACCAUCAUACAAUAAUUAUUUAAAGGAUUCUAACAUAAAAAAAUGCCCCUUCGACUCACCAACAAGCAUAGACUUAAGCUUUAAUACAUCUGAAAUUUUUUCUAAUGUGUUACGCCAAAAAGGAGAUACAUUUCAUCAAACAUAUGAUAAAUCUUACAGCACAAUUAGCAAUGAAAAAUGUAGUGAACAAAAAAAUAUUCUCAAACCGUCUAAUAAACAAAUUUGUGAUACAUCAGCGUCAGAUAUUUUUGAUAACUUGACAUUUACACCUCUAAAAAGCGUUCCAUCUAAAAGUGAAAAAUUGGACAAAGGUCCUAAGAUAAUUUUGAGUGUUAACUCUGAGAGUGAUUUUGAUGACAGUUUAGAUAUGAAAAGUGGAAAUAAAGAAAAUGAAACUCAUUCCAUCAUAUGCAUUACAUCGUCUCAGCCGCCGAAUAAGUGGUUAACAGUCGAUCAACAAUACAAAUAUGAAAAAUAUAAUGUCCCGUGUACUGAAACUCCAACAUUACCAAAUAAAAAAAUUCCAAACACAUCUUCACCAAAAGAGUUCAAUAGUCCAAAUUUCUCUAUCAAUACAGAAUUUUCACGAAUAAGCGAUUUAUCCUUUUUCCCACAAAGGUUUUCAACCGAACGAAAGAUUGUGCCCAAAAUAAAUAAUGAAACCCAUGAAAUCAUUGAUGACUCAAAUAUCAACUUAAAAUUAAGUUCAGAUACUUACACAAAAGAGUCCCCAUUUACACCGUUUGACUAUCAAAUGUAUCCAGAGUCAAGACCGUUUGCACAUUUAAAAGAACCUCCUGCGAAAAUAUGUCGACAAGCUUUGUUUAAGGAAUAUCAGCAAAAAGAAGCUGAAAGAAAUAAUUAUCUGCGCUCUGAAAAUUUUUUAUGGCAUAAUGAUUUAAGAGCUGAUAUAAGGUCGCCACCUCGGUCACUAACACCUCCACUACAAUCGAUUCCAGAAGAAAGUGGACAUUUUUCAGAGAUGCAGGUCUUAGAUAAUACGAAUAAGCAAAUGGCUACAUUUACAAUCGAUCGUACUUUCGAGAAACCCUGCGAUAAAUCGUCCGCAUCAAUAAAUCGACAAACGACAUGGUCCAAAAGAGCAGUGAGGGCUGAGCCAGAGCUUUGGAAAAUCCCCACACCCUUACCUAAGAAGUCUCUAAAGCCAAAAAUGAGCAUCAAAAGCAAAGAAUCUUUAAUCGGAAAAGCAAACCAUACAUUUGAUAAAAGCAGGAAUUUAAGUCAGUCUACAGUGUUUAAUCACUUUGAAAAUGUGUACUCUCAAUCUUUCACUGUUGAUCCAUUUUUAUCAUCCACCUAUUUUUAUGACGAAGAAGCGGUUGAUAAAUUUGAGAGUGAGUUCAAAAGAUGGCUAAACUACAUACUUACUCCACCAGCAGAUCUGGACAGUAAUGUGGAGCAAAAAAUUGAUGUGGGUAAAGCUUGGAUUGAAAAUCGAAAUAAGGAAGUGCCUGCAGCUCCUACUAAAGAGCAGGUCAGCAGUAUUUACCACAACAGCCAGAGACUAGAAAGUUUGAGGCGAUCCGCGAGAGCGUUACUGCUAAGUCCAGAAAUUUCUCAAGUUUUCAUGAAGUUAAAUGUCCAAAUAGAAAAAAAAUUAAUUACCAUAAGAACAGAUAGAAAUCUUCAUUUAGACGUGGGUUUACAAAAAAUUAUCAUGGAGUUAUUGUUGUCUUACAAUCCACUGUGGCUUCGAAUCGGCCUUGAAGCGAUUUAUGGUCUCGUCUUACCUCUCAAGUCUAACAGUGACAUCGAGGGUCUGACCACCUUCAUUAUUCAGAGAAUGUUUAAAAAUCCUCAUUUAAAAAAUAAACAUUCUAAAGCGACAGCACCGAACAUGCUUUUACCGGCCUAUAUGGAGGCUAUCAAAAAGUUUACGUUGAAAAAGUUUUUCAUGUUAGUAUUUUUCUUGGACCAAGCGAAGCAGAGAAAAAUAAUUUCACACGACCCUUGCUUAUUCUGUAGAAACGCGGUAUGCAAAGAGAGCCGGGAAAUAGUUAUACGGUUUACAAGAGAGCUGAUUGCUGGAAUAGGAGACAUCACAAAACAUUUACGUCCACUCGGCUAUGUUGUUAGCCAUAAACAGUCUUACUUGGACGAGUAUAAGUACGCGGUGCACAAUAUAGCUACUGAUAUCAGGGAUGGAGUGCGGCUUACCAAAGUCAUGGAGAUCAUUCUGAUGAAGAACGGCUUGCUGAGUCAACUAAGAACACCUGCGAUUUCUCGUCUACAAAAGAUACAUAAUGUGCAAGUUGCUCUAAACGCCCUAAAAGAAGCCAAUUUCGUUAUAGUUGGUGAUAUAUCGGCAGUGGAUAUUGCGGACGGUCAUAGAGAGAAGACUCUAUCACUUUUAUGGCAACUGAUACAUGUGUUCCGAGCACCGCUAUUUGAGAAAGCAGCUAACGUCAUACAAAUAUGGUGGCGAAAGAAGUAUGAAGUUAUUAUUGAGAAAAGAAAAGAAGAAGAAAGAAUUUUGGCAGAACGUGAUACAGCCGCUAGUGUUAUACAGUAUUGGUGGCGAAGGAUUCAAUAUAAUCGUAUGGCUGAAUACAAAAUGCUACAAAUCACGACAGCUACUACAAUUAUACAGAAAUAUUGUCGAAUGUGGAUUUGUCGCAGUCGUUUGAGAAAAUUAAAAACUAGUGCCAUAAAAAUAGCGGAGUGGUACAAAAGUAUAAAAAUGAUAAGGGAAGCGAAAGAAAUAUUAACAAAGUUACGAAAGAAAAGAGAGGAAUUGCGACACAAAUCAGCUACGUUAAUCCAAGCUAAUGUUAGGCGUUGGUUGUGCACGAAGCAAUACAAUAUCGUUCGAACGAAAAUUAUUUUGAUUCAAAGUAUGAUUCGAAAGUACUUAGUACGAAAAUGGUACACAAGUUUGAUGAAAGCAGUGCUCUGCAUUCAAGAAAGAUAUAGAAAUAAACUGUUGAUGAGACACGAAAUGCAGAAGUUUAAAGUAAAAAGAGAAAAAGUAAUAAUUAUACAAAGUUAUUAUAGGAUGUACAAACAGCGAAAAUAUUACAAUGGAUUGAAAAAGUCAGUUGGCUGCAUAGAAAAUCGGUAUAAAGCGCUUCUCUUGAUGAGAAAAGAAAGGGUUCAAUAUUUGAAGCUUCGAUUUGCGGCUAUAAAGAUUCAGUCCACAUUCAGAUGUAAAAUAUUGCGUGCUGAUUAUGUUCGCCAACGUAACAUAAUUAUCAAUCUUCAAAGAAAAGUGAGAGCUAACCAGGUGAUGAAGCAAGAAAGAGAAAAAUUUUUAAGGCUUCGAAAUUCAAUUAUCAUAUUACAAACCCAUAUCAAGGCCUAUUUAGCUAUGAAAUCGGCUCGACGGGAUUAUGUUGCUUUAAAAAAAUCAGUUAUAACGAUACAAAAGUUUUUCCGAUCAUAUUUACAAAUGAAAUCUCAAAGAAUGGAAUAUAUUUCAUUAAGAAACACUACAGUUUUAAUUCAAAGGCACUACCGUAGUUUAUUAUUAAUGCGUCGUGAUCGUUCAAAUUAUUUGAAUCUUAAAAAAUCUGCUGUGGUUGUACAGAGAAGGUACAGAGCGUUAUUAUCGAUGAGAUUUGAUAAAAAAAGAUAUCAAGAACUUAGAAAUGCAUGUAUUGUUCUACAAAGGAGGUACAAAGCUUUAAUAAAAAUGCGCGAAGAUAGAUCUGAGUAUAUAAAAUUAAAGUCAUCAUGUCUUGUGAUCCAAAAUGCUUACAGAGCAUAUUUACAAGGAAAAAGUCAGCGGGAAAUGUAUCUCAAACAAAAAGAAUCUGCUAUCAAAAUUCAAAGUUGGUAUAGAGGGCUGAGAAAGGGAAAAAAAAUUAGAAAACAAUAUGAAGAAACUAAAAAGGCUUGUGUUACUAUACAGAAAGUGUAUAGAGCUUAUAUAUUAGGGAAAAUUCAAAGGCAAAAGUAUCUAAAAAUUAAAACGGCCGCAAUUAGCAUACAGAGAUAUUAUAGAAGUUAUAUAAUAACCAAAACAAUCAGGACGGCAUUUAUAAAAAUGAAAACUUCUACUGUCAUAAUACAAAGAUUCUACAGGUCGUAUUUAGAAACAAAGAAGCAAAGAGCUUUAUAUAUAAAAAUGAAACAAGCCGCAAAUGUUAUUAAAAAUCACUAUAAACUGUAUUUAAUGACAAAGAGAGUAAGGCAUGAAUAUUGCCAAUUGAGAUCUGCGAUAAUCACUGUACAGACAAAAUAUAGGAGUAUUUUAGCAAUGAGACGUGAUAGAGCUGUAUAUUUAAGGAUGAAACUUUCUGCAAUAGUUGUGCAAACAAGAUACAGGGCUCUACAGGCUAUGCGGAAACAAAGACAAACUUACAUACAGCAACGUUCUGCAGCGCUUUGCUUACAGAAUAGAUUUAGAGCACAAUGCAUCAUGAAAAAAGACAGAAGUAAUUAUUUAAGAAUAAAACAAGCUUGUUACAAAAUACAAACGUUUUACAGAGCAUAUAAAAUAGGUUCACUGCAAAGAAAAUAUUAUUUAAAACUGAGAGAAUCCACCAUUUUAGUACAACAGAAAUAUAGAGCAAUAGUGUCAAUGAGAACAGAAAGACAUAGCUAUAUAAAAAUGAGAUCUGCCGUGUUAACGAUACAACGGAGAUAUAGAGCUCAACAAAUGAUGUUAGUAGAAAAAUCUAAAUAUAAUAAAAUAUUAACAUCAUGUGUUACUAUACAGAUAUUUUAUAGAGCGUGCACUUUGGGGAGGAAACAAAGACAACAAUUUGUUACAUUAAAAUCUGCUGUAACAUUAAUUCAGCGACGUUACAGAGAAAUUUUAAAAGCGAGACAAAUCAGAUCCGAUUAUAUCCGUUUACGGAAUACAGUAAUUCAAAUUCAACGUCGCAUUAGAACUAGAAAUAUAGCGCGUGUGGAAGCUCGUAAGAUGGCAGUUAGUAAAAUUCAAACAUGGUAUAUAAGUAUCAAACGUCGUGAUGAAUGCCGCUACCAAUACUUAUAUACAAAACAAAAAAUUAUUACUCUACAAUCGGUUAUUCGUAUGCAUAGUUGUCGUUCACGCUACGUUUUGAUGCGAAAAGCGGCUACUUCCAUACAAAGAUUUUACCGCCUCUACAAACUGGCUAAAUCAGAACGGGAAAACUAUGUGGCGUUUAGAAUUUCAUUAAUAAAACUGCAAGCUUGUGUCCGAAGUUUCAUUGAAAGAAAACGUUAUUUGCAUCUGCGAUCAGCAGUUCUAGUAAUACAAGCGAUAUACAGAUUAAAAAUGCAUAAGAUUUUGUUAAACAAAAAAAGAGAGGAAGCGGCUGUUAGCAUCCAAAAGAAUGUUAGGUGUUAUUUAGUGAGAUCGUGGUACAAACGAUACAUUGAACGAGUAAUUUUAAUUCAGACAUUAUGGAGGGAAAAACUUUUAACAAGACUGAUUCGUGACGAAUUUUUACAAAAGAGGACAAUAAUUUUAAAAUUACAAGCUAUUAUUAGAGGAUAUUUAGUAAGAAAAGAAGUAGAACAUAAGAGAGAAAAUCUAUUGAGGUUGAGGGAAGAACAACGUCGUGACUGGGCUGCGUCUAAAAUUCAGGCACUUUUCCGUGGGCAUAAAGUUCGUUUGGCAAGUGACAAGCGUGCUAAAGAACUCCGUCGCCGGUGGCGUGAUGGCGCCCUGCGCUCUACGCAGGAGUCUCUCAAAGAACGCAAUGAGGAGGCCAUGGACGUGCUCCGCAACAUGGCCGAUAUAGAAACGGUUAUCAGAGCGUUUAGAUCAUUGGAACUGCUUACUGAAGUGAUGCCAAUGAUAUACGACGCCAAUGCUUCGUCGAUCGUGCGCCGCGUCUACAUCUACAUGUCGGUGACCAACAGGUCCAUUUCUAGUGUCGAAGUGUUAAAAUCCGCGGCAUCUGUUCUCGUGAACUUAGCUAGGUAUAGAGUAACUGGACCUAAAAUAUACGCGAGAGAGAGAAUUCCUCCAGUUUUGAAGUUCAUGUUGCGAUUCAGUAACAGCGAGACACAACUUUUCUGUAUACUAUCAACUUAUCUAUGGCUGUUCUCGAAAUAUGAUGAGCCAAGAAAGGACUUGAAGGAAUUUUUGCACAUCCCAGAAAAUCACAAGAUACUGCUAACAAUUAAAGCAAAUGUUAUGCGCAUGAAGAGAAUGGCAGGUAACGCGAGAAAUAAAUUUAACACGCCCCAGCCUUCCAAAUUUGUUUCUCAUACUAUGAAUCAGUCCGUACGGGUCAGUAUGAAUCAUAGUAUUUGUAGCAGCAGCAGUUACUUACUACCAGCUCUAGAGACGGAUUAUGGUAUCACCAGAAUCGAUAAGCCUCGUUAUUUUGAGGACCCUCAACAAGCUAUUAUUUGCCUCUUUGAUACAUAUAAUUUA